CACAGAUGGAUGUGCUCCUGCUUUUGCGGCCCCUCCACAUCAAAAAAGAGGAGGUGUGAGAGCCAGGAGAAAGACAAUCAGCCCUACAUCAAGAAGCCGUCCAAUGCCUUCAUGUUGUUCAGGAAGGAACAGCGAGCAAACGUUGUGGCCGAACUGAACAUCAGGGACAGUGCCACAGUAAACACUGUCCUUGGACAGAGGUGGAACUCUUUGUCGAAGGAGGAGCAGGCCAAAUAUUAUGUAGAGGCUGAAAAGGAGAGGAGGCUCCAUGCACAGCAAUUCCCUGAGUGGUCCUCCAGGGACAAUUAUGGCAGAAAGAGGAAGAGGCAGAGGAGCAGGGCACCAACCAGGGCUGAAGACUCACUCAUUGGACUGACAGGUGAGAUCCACUGCACACACCGGACCCACAGAUGGCGUCAGACCUCCACCAUGAUGAUGGCGUCAGACCUCCACCAUGAUGACUCACUCAUUGGACUGACAGGUGAGAUCCACUGCACACACCGGACCCACAGAUGGGGUCAGACCUCCACCAUGAUGGACCAGCAUCAGUGUAAUCUGACUGUCGCCCCUCCUACCCUCAGACUCAUUGGACUGACAGGUGAGAUCCACUGCACACACCGGACCCACAGACUCAUUGGACUGACAGACUCACUCAUUGGACUGACAGACUCACUCAUUGGACUGACAGGUGAGAUCCACUGCACACACCGGACCCACAGACUCAUUGGACUGACAGGUGAGAUCCACUGCACACACCGGACCCACAGGUGGCGUCAGACUUCAGUGACGUCAGACCUCCACCAUGAUGACUCACUCAUUGGACUGACAGGUGAGAUCCACUGCACACACCGGACCCACAGAUGGCGUCAGACCUCCACCAUGAUGGUGAGUGUCAUCGAAAGGUGGCGUCAGACUUCAGUGACGUCAGACUUCCACCAUGAUGUUAUGGACGGAUUCUACAGCAAAGUCAACGAUUCAGCAUCCAAAGAGGGAUCCUUCUUUGCUGUGUGUCGGGGGAAGGCCAGUGAGGGUCUGGAUUUUGCAGACACCACAGGUCGGGGUGUCAUCGUUAUCGGCCUUCCCUUCCUUCCAAAGUUGGACCCUCGAGUCAUCCUGAAGAUGCAGUUCUUGGAUGUGUCUUCUUCUGUGUGUGUGUGUGUGUGUGUGUGUGGACAGUACCUGUCUGGGCAGGAGUGGUACAGACAGCAGGCUUUCAUGGCUGUGAACCAGGCCAUCGGCAGAGUCAUUUUCCUUAAGGAGGACUAUGGAGCCAUCUUCCUGUGUGAUCAGAGGUUUAAGUCCUCUGAUGCCCGAGCUCAGCUUCCAUUGUGGGUUAGGCCUUAUGUGCGGCCUUAUGAUGGCUUUGGAAAUGUGGUCCGUGAUGUCUCUCAGUUCUUCAGGGUUGCAAAUAAAAUGAGGCCUGUGGUAGAGAAGAAGACUGCUACAGAGAGCUGUGGGGCAGUGUGUUUGCCAGAUAUUCAGCCCUCUGGCUUCACUUCCUGCUCACACUCCCAAAGCUCCCACACCCAGAAGGCCAAGGUGCUGGAUGCCCACCUUCCCAGCCUGAAGAGGAGGAGGCUCAAUGAACACACUGGAGCCACUGGGAUGCCCAGGAUCUUUCUUCAGUAUGAGUGUGAGGUGCAGAAGAGUCAGAGGAGACCAGCCAACCUGUUGGAGGCUCUGGAGCAAAUCGACCAUCACAGUGGAGGAAACGACGAUGGUGUGGUGGGAGAGGAGAAGGUAUUGUGUUUUCUGUGA